AUGAAAGUCACAGGAAUCUGGGUCUACCCUAUCAAAGGACUUCGCGGCAUAUCGCUCCACAACGCUCACCUUGGCUCCCAAGGUGUGCAAUAUGACAGACGGUUCAUGCUCUUCAAGGUCAAAGAGAAUGGGGACCUGCAGAAGCUACAGCUUGAUAGGUUUCCUGCAUGCAGCCGCUUCAUCCCAGAAAUUGUAGGCGAUGAGGUUCACGUUCGAUAUAUGCCUCCAGAGGUGCCGCUGGUGCCAUCAUGCCCGGAACAGAGAGUCGUCCUCCGCGUGCCCCUGAAUCCUGACUUAUCGGGUCUCGGCCAGCAAGUGAUCAACCUUCAUCAGGCACUGGUCAAUGCUUACCGUAUGGGAGACUAUUUUGAUAAGUGGUUUACUGCUUGCUUCGGCUUCGAAACUAUCUUCUUCUACAUUGGCGAUGAGCGUCGUCCAGUACUAGGCACCAACUCACCUAGAAGCCAGCCGGUGGUCGCUGCUGUACCCCCUACCCAGAGCUGGCUCCCUUAUUUGUACAGCUAUGUAUGGGGCGGAAGUGAUAAAUGUCAGGCAGAGUCAAAGCCCGAGCCAGACUGGCUUGCUUUUGCCGAUAUGGCUGCCUAUCUCGUCGUGACCGAGAAGUCGCUCAGAAAUGUCAACGCGCGGUUCUCCAAUACCACCGUGGAUAUUGUAAAGUUCCGUCCUAAUAUCGUUGUGGACGGCGAGGUCGAAUUCGAAGAGGAUUUCUGGGCCGAGCUGUCCAUCGGCGGUCGCCCUGUCCUUGCCUUGACCAAGCUGUGCGACAGGUGCACCUCUCUCAACGUCGAUUACGACACGGGCCGGUUCGGAGAAGGGGAGAAGGGUAUGCUGCUCAAGAAGCUGAUGGCAGAUCGACGUGUCGACAUGGGCGCCAAGUGGGAGCCUGUCUUCGGAAAAUAUGCCUUCCUGGUUGAUGACUUGGAUGGCGCUGACAUUUCUGUCGGAGACGAAGUAGCUGUGACGAAGAGAACAGUCGAGAGACCAGCGGCUGACUGGCCGUACAAGGAUAAGACGAUUGCUCGCUUCUAUCGUUAUGUGUAA